ACUGGUGGUGUGGUGUUGUCAAUGUCAAAUUGACAAACUGUCAAAUAUUCAGCGCCAUAUUGUUAUACUUUUUGAUUGUCGACAAAAAUUAUAUAAACCUUGAGUUAUGGGCGAUUCGAAGAAGCUUUCCACCUCUGAUGAUGAAGAUUUAGAAGCUUUACGUUUAGCUGCUUUGCGAACUAUAAAAAAGAAAAACGCAUCAUUAUAUGAUUCAUUGCAUGCCCAUCAUACGCCACAGAGAAGUCCCGAGAAAUUUAAUCGUUUUAACAGGUCAAUGAAAGUGUUGCAGAAUAAGAGGGGUAGAUUUUUUGGACCACAUCAAGGGAGGAAUGGGAAAAACGGACAAUUCAACAAUAGAAACCGAAAUUCUAAUCUAAUCUCAAUCCCUACCAUGGCGUCUGAGGAGAAGCAAGUUCAACAGAAAGAAACUGCAGAUAGUGGGGUAAUAGUAAAUUUGCCUCAGCGUAAAUAUUGUGAUGAAACGACACAAGAAACGGGAAAAGAAGAAGGAACCAGCAAAUUUAGCCGUUAUAAUAAGUCGGAUGAAUCAGAAAGUGAAUCUGAGGAAGAGAAGGAAUCUGCUUCAGAAGACGAUAGUCCAGGAAAACUGCAUAAAGCUGACAGUUUGGAAGCGCUAAUGCAAGAAUUGGAUGAUGAGAUACAAGGGAAAAGUAAACCCAAAGGAAACUUACCUGCAAGAAGUGAAAAACAGAAGGUAAAAAAAAUAAAAAAGAAAAACCGAACUGCAUGUGAUAGAGUGUCGACAUCAGAUUCCGAUGCUAAGCCUCCUGAUCAGGUUGCUGAAAAACCAGAAAGUGACACAAAUGUGGAAGUUAUCAGGCAUACUUAUGUUGAUAAAGUCAGCACUGAGGAUGAAGUUAAACAUCAAACCCCCGAAAAACAAUCUAGUGAUGAACCUAGUGUUGAAAACAAGCCUGUGUUCAGUGACACGUAUAGUCCGGCAAAGAAACGUCACAGAUCCAGGUCUCCAGUAAACCGUCGAGGUUUUUCAAAUAGACGAAGGCCAAGGAAUUUUCACAAAUUUCAAAAUUCCCCAUUACAAAAUAUACCUUUUUUGCCUCCUAUAGGCUCAUAUCCACCCCCAGUGCAUCAGUUCCCUAACCCUCCAUUCAAUCCAUUGUUUGCUCCUCCAAGCAUCGGUAUGAUUAGUCAGCCCCCUCCGUUUUUUGAAAGACCAUUGUCGCCUUUAGCGAUUAACACAGAAUCUCUCACAACGGCUACCCUCGCUCCUCUCUCACCUAGAAGCGCAGCGUUUGUGCUUGAAAACAAGGCUAUUAUCGAAAGACGAAAACGGUCACCUCGUAGGUCUUAUUCCAGAUCUAGGAGUACCUCUCGAAGCCCUCGAAGGUCAUUAACUCCAAGAAGAUCUCCCAGAAGGUCCGUGUCCCCUAGGCGGAUAUCGAGGUCGCCAAGAAGGUCUCCUAGACGGAAAUCUUUGUCGCCUAAACGAAGGUCUUUGUCACCCAGAAGGAGAACUGUAGGCAGGACUGCAGAUAACUCUCCUAAAAACAGAGCUCCGGUAAGAGAAAGGUUGGGGCUUAAAAAUAAGACUGAAGACGUCAAGGAUAAGCCGAAAAACACUCAGUCUACUUCGAAGAAAGACGACAAACCAUUGGACCCUAUUUUAGAGGCGAGGAAGAGGAAAUUUGAAAGUAAUGAAAUAAAAAUUAGAGAGGGAAUCAUUCGUCUGAAGCCGAAAGAGGAGAAACUAGAAGAGGACUCCAUAUCCACAUCUAUACCAGCGUCAGAUGUAGUUUCAGUGUUGCACCAAGUUUCUACCUCUAAACUGGAGGACGUUGUACAAGAGAAAUCCAGCGAGAUAAAGACAGAAAAGCCGCAAGAACUGGAUGUAAUUGAAGAGCUGGAAAAUCUCCUCAAAGAAGAUCCUAUGCUCGAGGCGGAUGAUAUCGAAGUGAAUCCAAAGGUGGCAGAUAUAUUCUCUGACGAAGAUUCAGCAAGCGACAAUGAGGGUAGGUUUAAAGUCAAAGAAGGCACCAGUACAAAACCACCAGUCUUGUCCUUCACCAAACUUAUGAACGGAGAGAAGAGGGAAAUUAAAGCGGAACCUUUACCGGAUACUAAGAGGAGUGAAAGGCGAAGGGAUAGACGGGACAGAAUCGGUAAGUCACGUACCAGGGGUCGAUCGCCUGCUGAAAGAAAAGAUAUUGCUAAGGAAAACGCCAAGGGCGAGGGAGACCGCAAGCCUGGUCCGAAGAAAUCCGAAUCUCAGGACAAGUCGCACGCCAAAUCUCAAAUUUCGAUAAAGAACGAUCGACACGUCACCCCGAUGGAAAGGAGAUUUGAAAGGAAAAUUGAAAUAAAAAUUAAGAAUCCUUCCAAAUAUGAACGCGGCACUGGUAAAUUUAAGUUUAAUAAGGAUGGCGAAGAAAAACUGAGGGAGGAAGUUAAAAGGAAAGUAGAGCUCAAUAAGGGGAAGACGGAGGAAGAAGAGGAGGAGCCUGAAAUUGUAGUGGAAAAUAAUAGUGGUGACGACGAAAAUUCCCUGGUUAGUGAAGGAGAUCUGAGAGCUCAGCUCAGUAAAAAGAGAGCUGAGAAACUUCACAGAAUUCCUGUAGAAGGAAUUUCUUCCAGAUUGUUACAAAAUGCAUUACAGGGUGCAGUUUUCAAGAAGACAAAGAAAAAAUCGAAAGAACAAGACAUUACUAGUAGUGAUGCGAAGUUACCGAUACAUCUGCGCCUGGGCAUCGCAAACGGCUCGGACGUUUUCGCGGAUACCACAACGAAAGUGAAGAGGAAGUCGAGGAAACGGAAGAAUCGAGAAGUACUGGAGCAGGUAUAAACAACCAUCCACUACGCUGCUUUGAAAAAAUAUCGUCUGAUUACCAUAUUUGGAGAGUCUGCUAAAGGAUUAUUGUACAAGUGAAAAAAAAGACAUACACGAAAUAGUGAAAGACUUUGUAUCGUAAAAAUUUUGAAAAUAUUAUGGUAGUUCUAAUUUCCACCAUGUUGCUUUGUUAUCGUCUAUCCUAUUCUGUAAUUAUUAAAAUUGUUGCUUAUACAUUUUUUUCAGUUAUCUAUCUAUCUAUCUAUAUCUUAUUUAAGUCUAAUUUUAUAAUUAUAAUUGUGUACAAUAAGGCUAAAAAUUACACUCUCACUACUUAUAUUUAUGUUUUUAUUUGUAUAUAUUUUGUACAUAUUGUUGAUAUA